AUGCUUGCCGCCUGCACCCUCUUCUCCGCCGUCACCCUCUUCGCUUUCGUCCUCUUCAACUACGCACAGCCAAAGUUCCCGUUCGAGACACCAGAACUACUCCCGCAUGCUCCUCAGUCCGCCGCAGGCGUCGAUCGCCAUUCGGUCCUCCUCGGUCCUCCCACCUCUCAUUUCAGAGACAACCUGAGAAACGACACUCGGUACAUCACCUCCUGGAUCUCCGCCGGCUGGACAAACGAUGUUAUGACCUACGGCAAUCUCGUCUACCUCGCCAUGAUCUCCCAGCGCGUGCCCAUCAUCGGUCCUUUUACUCCAUCCCACAUAGGCGGCGAAGCCGGCAGUAUUCCCUUCAGCGAGGUUUUUGACCUCGACCGGCUCAGCACAGCCAUCGGCAUGUCUGUCGUCGAAUGGGGCGAAGUCAAGGAUCCAGCCAGCACGGAAAUCGAAAAUCUCGGCUGCUGGAGCAUCUGGCAGGCCGUCCAAACUAACGAGGCAGGCCCGCGCAUCACUGGCGCUCUCUCUCAGGAUAUCUCCUAUACAAAGGCGCCGUCAUGGGUACAGAAGAAUCCUGGAUACGAGCACGAUCCACAUGCACACUUCUGGUCGAUUGCAACGCUGACGUUCCCAGAAGAACGCCGCAACAACCUGGGAACGCCUCAGCCGUCCAACGUCCUCGGCGCUGUCGCGCACCCCGAUGAGCAGGUCGCUUGUUUCGACUACCUGUACUAUGUCUGCGCGACCACGUCGUUCGAAUACGAGUACGAUUACAGUCCGGGAUGGCGCUUCGCGGUCAAGAACUUUAGGUGGACGGAUCGCCUGCAGGGCAUCGCAGAUGGUUAUCUCAAGCGCAUGUUCGGCGUCCCCGAAGAAGAACCCGUCCCUCCCUACGUUGGGAUUCACAUACGGCACGGCGACUUCAUCAACUAUUGUGGCGAAACGCCGAAGGAAGACUGCUUCGCGUCCUUGUCUGUUGUCGCGCGGCGUGUGCAGGAGGUGCAGGAUGAGGUGCAGGAGCGCUACGGCUAUAGGCCCGAGCGCGUCGUCAUGCUGAGCGACGAGCGUGAACCUGGCUGGUGGGACGCGGUGCGUCUCCUUGGGUGGUACACUCCGGACCACAUCGCGGAGGACACGACAGCGAAGUACGGGCGAUGGUAUCCACUCCUCAUCGAUGCUGUAAUUCAAUCGUCGGGCAUAGGGUUCGUGGGGACGGAUACGUCGACCAUGUCCGUCCUCGCGCGGCGGCGGGUUCAAGAUUGGCACGGCGGAGCUGUGCGCACAGUCAAGUGGGGCACUCCGAACGCCGACGACCAUUGA